AUGCUUCUAAUGGUGAUGGGUCUCUUCAUGGAGAUAGAUGCUCGCGACCAUUCUCUCCGAGAGUCUGUGAGUCGUCGGGUUGAGGAGGCACGCUUAGAAGAAAACUUAUCUGCCACCGGCGACUCCAGAGGCAACCUCAUAGCUGCUCGAGAGCACUCCCAAUCUCUCCAACUCGAGCUGCAUGCAACUUUGGAGGCUCUCAAGAGGGCUGACGCGAGAACAGCCGAGGCGCAUAGUCACGCCAAAUCCCUGGAAGCGGAGCUGUCUCACACCCGAAAGACUUUAAAAGAAUCAGACGAGAGGGCGGCUGCUGCUGAGGUCCGCUGUGAAGGGGUUUUGAAGCAGCUGUCCUCUAUGGUGGAGGCCCUUCGUGAGAGGGAUGAGGCUAUAAACCAGAAGGAAGAGGUCCAGCGCCAGUUCGAGGCCCUAAAGACUGAGUUAGAAGGGCUUCAAGUUCACCUGAAUAAGGUGAAUAUUCAAAAAGAGAGGGCCUUGGCUCGGGUGGAAGUCCUUGAGCAGGAGCUGAGCACGAGUUCUGAGCACAUCAGAGAUCUGGCUUCAUCGGCAGAGGAGUCUAUACUUCGUAAUCAACAACUUGGCCAUGAAGUCAGGACUUUAGAACGUAAGUGUUCGGCCCUGCUUGAGGUGGCUAGGUAUGUUGAAAGCAAGAUCCAGCUGAAGUGCGAGAAGCGCCUGGGGGAGUAUCAGGAGUCAGAUGAGCUGAAGAGAAAGAUUGAACAGGCCUGUGAAGCUCACCUCCAGGACUAUAAGGAUUCUUCUGAGCUGAAGGCGGUUAUAGCUGAGGCCUGUGAGUCACGUCUAGCGGAAUAUAAAGCCUCCGCGGAUAUGAAGACUGCUAUUUGGCAGAAAGCCUUCCGCAUGUUUAGGACUGGCUACAAUAGGGGUUUAAGAGAAGCCAGGCGUGCUCUUAAUACUCCUCUGGCAGAACUUCGAGCUAAAGAAGUGGAUUCUGAUGGCGAGGAAGUGCUAUAUGGGGAAGAUGACUUCCCCUUGCCAAGAGGAACCUCUCGCACUGCAGCUGGGUCUUCUGGGGAAGAAUCCGAGCAACAGGGGGACAAUAUGGAGGACCUCGAAACUGAAAGUGAUGACCUUGAGCCUGAAGAGGAAGACCUCGGCCCAGAGUUGGAGAUUGUGCUUGUUACUGGCGUUGGGAGGUCUGAGUUGGAGGGUGCCAGAUCUCUUUCGGAUGUAAAUGUAAAUAGAGAUACUGUAGGUGAUAACGUUCUUAGAAAUGUAAGUCCCUUAAGGACUGUUUUUCCUUCGUCCUCAGAUAAAUAA